UUUUGGUAGCAAGAAACGUUUCAAAGAUAGCCAGUGUUACAUUCUUCUCAUUGCUGCUCUUCAGCGUGGUGUUGCUUGUACCUCAGGAACAGAAAACAGUUAUGAGCAAAGGUGUUCCCGCUUUUCUUGCUCAAAGCCCCCGACCUGGGUAUGAUAUGCGACAUAUUGAAUACAAUAAAACCUCCCUUUUUCAAAAAGAGGAACAAGCAAUAUCCACUUCAGGGACAACGAAUACCACAACAUUGCCUCCCGAUCUCUAUCGUUUGGCGAAACAGAAUACCACAACAUUGCCUCCCGAUCUCUAUCGUUUGGCGAAACAGGUUUUUGACGAGCUCCCGGACGAGUAUCUCCCUGGUUACAAAAGCUCUUGCUGGAUGACCAAGAAGAACGCACCUGGUAUUGGACGUCUUCGGUGUCUGCCGUACUUCUACAUUCUAGGAGUAGCGAAAUGUGGCACCAGCGAUCUAUGGGACAAGAUUAAUGCACACCCACACGUGGUCCGGAAGUUGGUCAAAGAACCGCACUGGUGGACCAGGUAUCGACUGCAAGGGAUAUCAUUUGAUGCAUAUCUUCAGAAACGUUCUGCAAGUUUGGUCAGUUCGUUUAAGGAGGAUUCUUCGAAUAAACUUACGCACAUAGUGGGUGAUGGUUCUGCGUCCACCUUAUGGGAUAACCGACACUGGAUGGAAACGUUUGCAGUUGUAAAGGAAGGUCCUAAAUAUGUCACAGCAGACAUUUUACGUGCCGCUCAACCGAAUGCAAAAUUUAUUGUAAUACUGAGGGAUCCCGUCCCCAGGCUCUACUCGGAUUAUCUUUAUUUUCAUGACAACCCAGACCAAAAGAUAUUUCACAAUGCCGCCGUCCGCAGCAUUGCAAGCUUUGGGAGAUGUAUUGAAGCACGAAGUCCUCGCGCAUGCGCUUACACCAUCAUGUCAAUUCAACAAGGAGUACGCCUCAACGUUGGUCUGUAUUCUAUUUAUAUCCGAGACUGGCUGAAAGUAUUUCCACGAGAUCAGAUAUUUAUUCUCAAACUUGAAGACUGGCAUUCUGGCUGUGAGGAGAUUUUACCAAGACUAUAUGCUUUUUUAAAUCUAAAAAUUUUGACGAAGGUCCAAAUCCGGGAUAUCUGCCAGACUCAAAUGAAGAAUACAAACACUGAAAAAAUCGGAGGCAUGUUUAACGAGACACGGAUAGUCCUUCAAGAAUUCUACUCGGAAUGGAACCGAGAUUUGAGUAAUUUACUGGGUGACACACGCUUCUUAUGGCCGUAACCAUGGUAACGAUAUAAUGAUAAACAUCCACCCCGCGGAAGUCCUAGAAUCGUCAUAAUCAUACAGUUACCAUAGCAGUGUUGUAGUGCCUUGAUGCUCGGCCUUGGCCUUAAGGCGCCUUAAGGCCUAUUUU